UUAAGCAGGCUGAAAGCAAGACAUCUGUGGUUUUGAGUCAGCCCUGAGAAAUGAUUCUGCACCAGGAUGAAUGGCAUCUCCAGUUGCAGCAAAGACCCCAUCAGUGCCAGUGUUGAAGUAUUGCCAGUUUCCAGCAUGUCUACAGAUGGCAGCUUUGGCACAGGCAGCAGCAGCGAUGCCCAGCAGAGCCUGCAGUCCUUCUGGCCCCGCGUCAUGGAGGAGAUCCGCAACCUCACAGUGAAAGACUUCAGGGUUCAGGAGCUGCCCCUGGCUCGGAUUAAGAAGAUAAUGAAACUGGAUGAAGAUGUGAAGAUGAUUAGUGCUGAGGCCCCUGUGUUGUUCGCCAAGGCAGCUCAGAUAUUCAUAACAGAACUGACGUUGCGAGCCUGGAUCCACACAGAAGACAACAAGCGCAGGACUCUGCAGAGGAACGACAUUGCCAUGGCAAUUACAAAGUUUGACCAAUUUGACUUUCUGAUUGACAUCGUCCCAAGAGAUGAGCUGAAGCCUCCGAAGCGUCAGGAAGAAGUACGUCAGGCUGUGACCCCGGCUGAACCCGUGCAGUAUUAUUUCACCCUUGCUCAGCAGCCUGCCGCAGUGCAGGUCCAGGGGCAGCAGCAAGGACAGCAGACCACGACAUCUACAACCACCAUCCAGCCGGGGCAGAUCAUCAUUGCACAGCCUCAGCAGGGGCAGGUGGGAGAAGGCCAGCAGGUGCAGAUUGUGCAGGCCCAGCCGCAAGGACAGAGCCAGCAGGCGCAGAGCGGGACGGGGCAGACCAUGCAGGUCAUGCAGCAGAUCAUCACCAACACGGGGGAGAUCCAGCAGAUCCCGGUUCAGUUGAAUGCUGGCCAGCUGCAGUAUAUCCGCUUAGCCCAGCCUGUGUCAGGCACCCAGGUAGUCCAGGGGCAGAUCCAGACGCUUGCAACCAAUGCCCAGCAGAUAACGCAGACAGAAGUCCAGCAGGGGCAGCAGCAGUUCAGCCAGUUCACAGACGGGCAGCAGCUCUACCAGAUCCAGCAAGUGACCAUGCCUGCAGGCCAGGACAUCGCGCAGCCCAUGUUCAUCCAGUCCACCAACCAGAGCUCGGAUGGCCAGGCCACGCAGGUGGCGGGGGACUGAGCGGCGUCCCUGUGUGGGGAAGCAAACACGUGCCAGCUUCACCCGGCCUGGUCUGAGGAAUGCGUUGCUUCUGCGUCUCCGUACUUGACAGCGAGCCUCCAGCAGGCUGCGGUCUCUGGUGCACCAUACGCCUUCGUCUGGUGGGUAUGAGAGCAUAUCCAGCAGACACUGACAAGAAUGCAAGAUUUUUAUUUUUGGAAGUCCAUAUUUCAGUGCGUUCAGCUGCUCCUUCAAAGCCCGCGAAACUGAAGGGAGCCGAUGGAAUUCGGAGCAUCUCAUUGAGCAGCGGUGAAAGGCUCUGACCUGGGGAAAUGAUUCAAGGUUUGCUGCAGGAGCUUCCUGCCUGGUGCUCCGUUUGUGUUUCUCCCCGAAUAGAGCUAGGUUCAGUGCUGCCAUCUCAGUGGUCUGUUACGGGUGGGAGGGGGGAGCGUGUCUGUGUGUUGGGUUGCCUCUCCUGCCUCCUUUUUUGGUAAGCCGGAGCAUUGAAUAUAUGCAGCUAGGGGGCAGGGAGUGGGGGCAGAGUAAUUAAAGUGAAAACAAAAACAUUCCUUGUAUUAUGACUGUGUUUUCUAAAGACAAAAUGAUUCUUGAAUUUGACCUGGUUUAUUCCAGAGAUGCUAAUGGCAUCCGGAUGAACCCCAACCCCCGUUCACUGUUGUUCUGGCUUCGGUCGAUGCAUGUAAUAUAAGCUUCCUCAAACAAAAUAAAUUCCCUUUGUAAGAUAA